AUGACAACCAUUGGAAGCUCUGCCCUCUUCACCAUUCCUCAAGUGGACUUUAUCCAUGAAGGACCCUACUACUGCCAGUAUCAAACAAGGGUCUCCAGUCGUGAAUUCACAUCCCCCCAAAGUGCUACUGUCAGCUUCUCUGUGAUAGUGGUGCUUGUGCAGCCCAACAUCUCUCUCAGUGCCCCAGAUGGAGGGCUGUUCUGGGGGCCUCAGGGGCCAGAGGUGACCAGGGGCCACAGCCUCUCCCUCGUCUGCUCUACUGAGCCACAGCACCAAGGAGGCUCCUUCCACCUCAUCUUUGAUGGGUCUAACAGCACCAGGACUCAGCUCGCCAUCAACCACUCAGCCUCCUUCUACAUUCCUGAGGCAGACUACUCCCACCAGGGCAACUACAGCUGUGUCUAUGAGCUCACUGUGUCCAGCCGCACCUUCAAGUCAACACAGACAGCACCACUGACCGUCAUCAUAAGAAUGGUGCUUGUGCAGCCCAACAUCUCUCUCAGUGCCCCAGAUGGAGGGCUGUUCUGGGGGCCUCAGGGGCCAGAGGUGACCAGGGGCCACAGCCUCUCCCUCAUCUGCUCUAUUGAGCCACAGCACCAAGGAGGCUCCUUCCACCUCAUCUCAGAUGGGUCUAACAGCACCAGGACUCAGCUCGCCGUCAACCACUCAGCCUCCUUCUACAUUCCUGAGGCAGACUACUCCCACCAGGGCAACUACAGCUGUGUCUAUGAGGUUCUGCAAACACAUAUGGAUUUCACAAUGGAGCUGGUGGGAGUGGGACACCCGAGGAAGUAG